AUGAAGGCCGCCGUCGCGGCCGCGGCCGCCGACUACGACCGGCCGAAAUCGUCGCGCGGCGGCCGCGCGGCCGUCGCGCCCAAGCCCGCGUACAAGCCCGGCCAGCAGCGGCGCGCGAAGCGGGCCGCCGCGGUGUCCAUCGCGCUCACCGCCGCCGAGGAGCUGCCCGCGCCGCGGCGGAAGCGCGCGCGCGCGGCCGCCGCCGCCGACGAGCCGGCGCUCGAGUGCGCGCCGAAGCGGCGGUCCCCGCGGCCGCGGCCGCCCGCGGCCGCGGCGGCGAAGCCCCCCGCGAAGAAGUCCGCGGCGGCGAAGAAGGAGCUGUGGAAGGCGCGGGGCGCGUGGCCCGACGGCAAGACCGGCCACAUCGGCGCCAACGCGCUCACCUUCGCGCUCUUCGCCUACUACCAGAUCCCGACGGGCCUCGCGAUCACGCAGAAGGUCAUCGAGAAGACGCGCUUCCCCUGGAUGGAGUACCUCGGCCUCGCCGACGCCCCCGCGGUCUACGACGUCUCCGGCGUGCGCGUCGAGGAGAUCAGCGUGUCCUUCAGCGACAACAAGCCCCUGCUCUACGGCCCCUGCCCCUUCGCCCUGAGCUGCGCCGUGCUCCGGAGCGGCAACCGGGACAUCGCGCCGCCGGCGACGGAGCGCACCGUCGCGCAGCUCGAGGCGCUCGCCUUCGCGCUCGCCGUGACGUCGCCGGGGAGCCUCGUGCCGCCGGUCGGCGACGUGCGCCACGCCGCGGAGGGCGCCCGGGCCGCGCAGCUCUUCCUCGCGCGGUGUUUGGCGCACCCCGCGCUCGGCGAGUCCGAGCUCCUGCGGCAGUUUCUGCUCCAGACGCAGCCGCCGCCGGCGAUCGCGGCCGCGAAGCUCCCCGGCGGCGACGUCGCGUUCGCGGCGUCGGCGAACGCGCGGAACUCGAAUCUUCAACCAGACUUCAAU